AUGACCGAGGUCAUCAAUCGUCCGGCGACAACGCCAGCGGCAGUCGUCGGGGAACGGGCCGAGGCAAGCUUGGUCGCAUUAGUGGUUUCGGGUCCGGCCCGUCAGGCGUACUCCCUUCGGCGCUGGCUGGGCCAGGGCGACGCCGAUGAUCCUUGGACGCCGGGUGGGGUCUUCAAGACCGGUGGUGGCGAGGUCGCUGCCGCUGCCGCUGCCGCCGCCCCUGGGAAGCACCCGGGAAUGUGCGAUGCAGGUAUGUAA